AUGAGAAGGGAAAGCAUUCCUACAUUGAGAAUGCCUCCUCGCAACACGAAGUGUCCAGCUGGGAAAUCUGAGCGACAUUACACCACACUAGGGAAAAGCGAGAAAUGCAGCAGAAGCGGUUCCCUGUACGUUUUUGACUUACCUGCGUUUCCACAGAUGCGGGCUGCUCCCGGCAGAAGUGGCGUAGUAGAGACUAUGUCGGGUAUUCUACUUGUUGACGACGAUGAGCCCCAACAUGGAAGAACUCCGUCAGGGCAUGGAGUAAAUUCGUCUCGCACGGGCCCCAUUGUUCCACCUGAAGACGUGGGGAAGGAAGAUGAGGAAUAUAAGGAUAGCGGGGAUUUAUCUUCCUCACUUUCGAGUGCCUAUGUGCGGCACCGCCGCUACGAAAACCCCUUUACUGCCUAUCAGCCGGUUUCGGAUCCGUACGAUCGCCACCGCGAAAUGGAGCGGCAGCAACGGUUUAUGAAUGACAGCAAACAGCUAGGACGGCCGUUUAUUCCAUGUGGUGGGCGAGCACUAGAAAAGCCGACACGCUACAUGUUGGGUGAUUGCGUUGCUUCCAUUUACCGUACGGUUGUGCGUGACUGGCCCGAGACAGCCCCAAUGGUCAUCUCCACCGCAGAGGACCUCAUCGUUGUUUACAUGAAACGGGAUCGAGUGCGCAAUACGCACACGCUGCUGCGUUAUAUGAACGACUCCUUGAAGCGAAACGAGGCGGUGCGUAUGUUUGAUUUAAGAAAGGUUCCCGAAGGGUGGGAUGUCAUUACCGAUGAUGGACAUAUGAUGUACACCUUCAAGCCCCCGUGGGUGCGACAGAGGCGGUUUCUUCCAGAUCAAGUCGUGGCCCACAAAGCACAUUAG